AUUAAGUUUGGUGGGUGGAUGUGGUUCUCUAUAAAGAUAUCGCACAGCAUAUUUCUCCUUCUCAGCCAAAUACCUCCUCCCUCUUCCUUCCUUUGAACACACACACACACAAAAAAAAUGGGGAACUGCCAAGCUACUGAUGCAGCCACUCUGGUUCUUCAACACCCGUGUGGGAAAGUCGAGAGGUUUUAUUGGCCGAUGAGUGCUCGUGAGGUUAUGAAAACGAACCCUGGUCAUUAUGUUGCUCUGCUUAUCUCUACCACCUUAUAUCAUUCACAUCCAAAUAACAACGAUAAAGCUCCACAAGGAACCGGCAGCAAGACCAACGUCAACCCUGUUCGUUUAACCAGGAUUAAGCUUCUCCGCCCCACUGAUACUCUUCUUCUUGGCCAUGUUUACAGGCUCAUCACCACUCAAGAGGUUAUGAAGGGAUUGUAUGCAAAGAAACAUGCAAAGAUGAAGAAAAGCCAACAAGAAUCAGACCCAAAUGAGAAAGCUGAUCAGAGAUCUGAACCAGAUAAUCAAAAUAAGGUGAGCAAACAUGACAGGCAGAGAGCAAGGUCAACAACAUCAAGUAACACCGGUUCUAGAUCAAAGACAUGGCAGCCUUCAUUACAAAGCAUCUCUGAGGCAGCAAGCUAAAAGGAUGAUUGAUAUUUCGGCACAUCAAUGACUGCAUAAGAGACCCAAGCCUUUUUUUUAACCUGUAAACAACCAAAUACAGUUUCUCUCACUUAGGAUCGCAGGUAUACGCUAGCAAAUCAUAAAAAAAAAAAAAAAAAAAACCACUACUUUCUUCAUGCCGCAGAUCUGAGCUAUGCAUAAUUGUACAUCCAAAAAAAAAAAAAACCAGAGUUAUGUAAUCCAGCACUAUUAUGUAAUCGAAUGUUAGUAUUUUUUUCUCAAUACAACUCUUGAAGUUUUUUAUA